AUGGCGACCGACAGCGCCAAGUACACGCUCAUCUACCACGCCGGCAUCCCCGGUCGCGGCGAGUUCCCGCGGCUCUUUCUCGAGGCGACGGCGACGCCGUACGAGGACACGGCGCUCACGGUGGGCCAGGACGCGGUCAAGCCCUUCCUCGACGGCAGCUUCGAUGGAUCAGACGCGAACCCUCUUCCCUUUGCGCCCCCCGUCCUCAAGCACGGCUCGGUCGUCAUCUCGCAGACGAGCAACAUCCUCCUGUACCUCGCAACGCACGCGUCGGCACUCUCGGUCGACGACCCGGCGCUCUUCCACGCGCAGGAACUCGCCCUGACGGUGCUCGACCUCAACAACGAGAUCCACGACACGCAUCACCCGAUUGCCGUCUCGGCCUACUACGAGGAGUUCAAGGACGAGGCGAUCAAGCGCGCUGGCGACUUCCGCAAGAACCGCCUUCCCAAGUUCUUCAAGCACUUCGAGGACAACCUGCAGCGCUCCUCGUCCGACUACCUCCUCUCCUCCGGACCCUCGCACGCCGACCUGUGCCUCUUCCAGGUCUACGACGGCCUGCUGUUCGCGUUCCCGCGACUCAUGGCCAAGACGCUCCCCGAAUACCCCAAGGUCCGCAACCUGUACGAGCGCGUCAAGGCGGCGCCGAGGAUCAAGGCGUACCUCGAGAGCGACAGGCGGCAGAAGUACUCGAUGGGCAUCUUCCGUCACUACCCUGAGCUCGACGAGCCCGAGGAGAAGUGA